CCAGCUCAGGCUGGCCCGGCUUGGCCACUCACACACCAUGAAGUACCCGCUGGUGCCGCUGGUGAACGACCUCACGUUUUCUUUCCUGGUGCUCUGGCUCGGCUUGCCCGUGGCCUUGCUGUUGUUCUUGUUGAUCGUCUGGUUUCGCUUCUUACUUAGCCAAGAUUCAGAGGAAAAUGACCCAGAUUUAUGGUUCGAUUGGGAUCCCUGGAGCAAAGGCCCAGCUGAGUCUCGCUGGCACGAGACACUCCACAGCCAAGAGGAAGAGAGGCCUGGCCAGUGAGCCUGCCCUGCCAGACCCAACCUGCCAUCUGUCCCCAGCUCGGUUUUCCUGGAGUCAGCGGCGCGGCAGCAGUGGACGAAGUGGAUGGGAGAGACUGGCCGGGGAGGGAGGAGGACUCGGGCGAGUGAGGGGCUUCCCUGAGCCGCCUGCCUCAUCUCCUGCAACGAUGGACACGCAGCCCCCAAGGAUCCCCCAGAGGAUCCCCCGGGGCCCCGGGGAGCAGCCCACGUCUGUGAGGACAGUGUGAGCAGGCACGCGCGGAGGCGUUGGCCAAACGAGUUGGGAGGGGGUCCUAGGGCAGGGCUGGGCCAGGGCGCACGGGUACGUAUUAAAGAACACAGGGGCUUCCAGAGCUCAGGAGACCCCUGAGAAUGUGCUGGGCCUGACCACGUCCACUCACUUAACAAGCCGUGGGGCCUGGGCCUGACCCCGGCGCCGACCUGAGCCAUCCUGACCCCAUUCGGGCACCCCUGGCCCUCCCUCCCCUCCACGCUAAGGGCCGGGGGACUCCGCUCCAAACUUCCGUUUCCCCAUUUCGAGCUCACUCCUGGGUCAGCCUUCAGGUUGUUUUCACCGCCACGGACUUUAUAAACACCUGCAGAGUGUCUACCACAGGCCUGGGUAUUUUAACAGUACUUCACGUUCAGUGAGCGCUUCCUAUGUCCCAGGCGCUUUGCUGUGACUAUAUGUAUUAUUGUUUUUUAACCCUCGAAAGAAUUUUAUCAGGCAGGUUAUCUCUGUUUUGCAGGUGGGGAAACUGAGGCACGGAGUAGUCAAGUAACUUGUUGAGUUGAAGUGGUAGAGCCAGGAUUUGAACCUAAGUCCUGUGACUCCAGAGCCCAAUGUUUUCCAGACUGGACUGUUGCGGGGAGCUGUGGGGGAGGCAUGCUGAACAAACCCAGUCGGUCCUUGCACCCCCCCUGGCCACCCCAGAGGCAGCGGGGUUGACGGACUGUAGAGGGGACCAGCCCUCUAGGGAAUCACCAGGCGCCACCUUCACUCCCUGCUUCUCUCUCACCACACACCCACCAGGCUCCACUGGCCUUUUCAGUUGUCCACCAGAGACAGAAUGGAGCCGGAAUGGUUAUCUGGUCUCCUGGACCUUGGUCUCCCUGCUCGGCCCUGCUGGCAUGAACGGUCCAUCCAAAGCACAGAUCAGAACCUAUGGUCUCGCAGCUCUGGCUCCGGGCGAAGGCCCAAGUUCCUCGCGGGGGGAGAGAGCCACCCUUUGGCACCUGUGCCUGGCUGAAGUUGCUGGGUGAGGUUUCUGUUCUUACCAGCCAGGCUGCAGGAAACACCCUUGACCUUCUGCCUUUGCACACAGCUGUCUCCGGGACAAACUCUGAAAGGAGAAAGUGUUGAAUGGAAGCUCUAUGCAAUGCCGGUUUGCAGGUACUGCAAAGUUCUCUUACCCACAGGCGGCCCCAGGAAUGUACCUAAAAGGGCCCAUUUUUCCUGGCCUUUGCCCCACUGUGCACCCCUGACACACAUGCAACACACACGCCCGGCUCCUGCACGUGCCUUGUUCUGGCGCAUGAGCAUUUGUCAACCCCGUGUUCUCCUGGGAGCUUUCCGGGCAUUGAAUAAACACUUUUGGUA